UCUGUUAAUGUUUAAUAAGUACUAUUAUUUAAACCUGGAGAUGUAAUCAUCACAUAUUUUUUAUAAUAACGAGAAAACUACAUUCGUUUUAAGUAUCGUAAUAAGGUAUUUACUAGCGUAUAAAUAACAAACCUUACAGGAAAAUAAAAGGGUUCAUAUUAGGUAUUUAUGGUUAGAUAGCCAUAUUAUUUCCUAUUUUAGUACGCAUACAAACAACAAAGUACCGUCUAAUUAUCCCUUUAAACGAAUUAUCAGACCUUGCACCAGAAACUCUGAAAAACCUUAUAAUUAAAGUUCAUUAUUAAAUAAAUACGGUGUAUUUUAAUACAACAGUUGAUUAGUUGCCCCUGAAGCCUCAGCUCGUGAGCACAAAGUAAGAUGGCCGGUGAAAUAAAAGAAGAUACUUUUGUUAAACUAAGUAAAGAGGAAAUUGGUUAUCUGAAAACGUUUUACUCCGAUAAAUCGGUGGCUAAUGCUGCGGACGUAUGGAAGAAGAAGUCAGUAUCAAUAGUGUCGCCAAAAUCAGGCAGAAUAUUACGACAAAAUAAACCAGAAAGGAUAUUGGGAAAAACUGAACAAAAUGCCAAAGAUUCUACAGGAUUUUUUGCGAGAUUAUUCGAAGAUUUCAAGAAAGCCAAAGUUUCCGACUACCCUUAUCAACAAUCUAACGUUCGGAGAAACAGUUCUUACAAACCAUUCUGGGCAACGAAAGUGAUUAAUCCUACCCAGAAAACAAAAACUGAGGAGGCUGAUUGCAACGUCAAAAGAAUCAAUACCGUUGAACAGAGCAAUUUCGUUAAAAACAAAAGCAUAAUAUUUGCUAAGGAAGUGAUAGGUUCUCCUAAAGUGACUCUGACUAAUGUUAGGGACAAGAAUGGCUCGAAAGAAUCGACUCCAUCGAAAAGGUUGUCUUGUGUUGAACACCACAAAGAAAACAGGUUGAAAUACCCUGAAUACUAUUGUGGAAGUAAAAUGUAUAUGCCUACUGGUGAACAGCUGUAUUGGCUAGGUGAGACCCGUCCUUCAUCGUUCGGUCCGGCGACGUACCAGGACUUCAAGGACAUCAGGUCUCGCUGCCUAGCCGAGAACAGGCUGUUCGAGGACCCGGAGUUCCCGGCGGUAGACCGCAGUCUCUAUUACAAGGAGAGGCUGGACAGGCCUAUCACGUGGUUGCGACCUGGGGAAAUCUGCGAUGAUCCGCAACUGUUCGUGGAAGGCUACAGUCGUUUCGAUGUGCAACAGGGCGAGUUGGGCGACUGCUGGCUCUUGGCCGCUGUUGCCAACUUAACUCUUCAUAGAAAAUUGUUCUUCCAAGUGGUGCCUGAUGACCAGAGUUUCGACGAGGAAUACGCUGGUGUCUUCCAUUUCCGUUUCUGGCAGUAUGGUCGCUGGGUAGACGUUGUGAUCGACGACCGCCUGCCGACGUACCGCGGCAAGCUCGUGUUCCUGCACUCCUCCGAGAGGAACGAGUUCUGGAGCGCGCUGCUAGAGAAGGCCUAUGCCAAACUGCACGGUUCAUACGAAGCCCUAAAGGGCGGGUCGACAUGCGAGGCCAUGGAGGACUUCACCGGCGGAGUCACAGAGAUGUACGACAUCGCCGAGCUGCCUCCCAACUUCUACACCAUACUGCUCAAGGCCUACGAGAGGAACUCGCUCAGCGGCUGCAGUAUUGAGCCCGACCCGAACAUCUUGGAGGCGGAGACCCCGGCGGGGCUGAUCCGCGGCCACGCGUACUCCGUGACCCGCGUGAAGUACGUGGACAUCGAGACGCCCGGCCGCAGCGGCAAGAUACCGCUGCUCAGGCUCCGGAACCCCUGGGGCAACGAGGCCGAGUGGAACGGGCCCUGGAGCGACAAGUCACCAGAAUGGCGAUUCAUCCCGGAAUCUGAGAAGGAAGAGUUAGGCCUGACGUUCGACGACGAUGGUGAAUUCUGGAUGUCUUACAAGGACUUCGUUAAUCACUUCUCCAGAGUGGAGAUCUGUAACUUGAACCCGGACUCCUUAGACCCUGAGGAGUGUCCGGAGGGCUGCACCAAGAAAUGGGAGAUGUCCGUCUUUGAGGGAGAAUGGGUCAGAGGAGUGACGGCGGGCGGCUGCAGGAACUACCUCGAGACAUUCUGGCACAACCCGCAGUACACCGUCACUCUCACAGAUGUCGACGAGGGGGACGACGAGAACAAGUGUACCAUAAUAGUAGCCCUGAUGCAGAAGAACCGCCGCUCGCAGCGCCACCAGGGCCUGGAGUGCCUCACCAUCGGCUUCGCGCUGUACCGCCUCCCCGACUACGGCCACGUGCCCAAGCCGCUCGACAUCAACUUCUUCAAGUACAACGCGUCCGUCGGCCGCAGCCAGGCCUUCAUCAACCUCAGGGAAGUCAGUGCCAGAUUCAAGCUGGACCCGGGCAGCUACGUCAUCGUGCCGUCCACCUUCGAGCCCGACGAGGAGGGAGAGUUCCUCGUGCGAGUGUUCUCCGAGAAGAGCAACAACAUGACAGAAAACGAUGAAGACAUCGGCAUGGGCGAUGUUGAUGACAGAGUAAAGGAGCAAGAGCCUCACCCCGAGCCGGCGGACCCAGUGCGCGAGUUCUUCACGCGCCUCGCCGGCAGCGACGGGGAGGUGGACUGGCAGGAACUCAAGGAGAUACUCGACUACGCCAUGCGGGAGGAGCUAGCCAUGCGUCACGGCGGCUACGACGGCGGCGGCAGCGCGGGCGCCGUCCCGGGGGGGGGCAGCGAGCCCUCCUGCCUCGAGCAGCUGCUGUGCGCGCUCUGCACUCCCAUCUGCAAGGAGCUGGGCGUGGACCUGCAGCAGCUGCAGGGCCAGAACCAAGAGCAAGUGCAUCUCACGCAGCCGCAGCCGCAGACACAGUUGCAAGGGCAAGGCUUCUCCAAGGACGUGUGCAGGAGUAUGAUCGCUAUGCUUGACAAAGAUGGCUCCGGUGGACUUGGAUUUGAGGAGUUCAAGACUUUGUGGAUUGAUCUGCGUAACUGGCGGGCGGUGUUCCGCCUGUACGACACAGAGGGCCGCGGCGCCAUCCCGGCGGCCAGCCUGCGCGACGCGCUGCACUCGGCCGGCUACACCGUCAACGCGCACGUCCUCAACGUGCUCGCGCACAGGUACGGCUCAUCGGACGGCUCUAUUGCGUUCGAUGACUUCAUCAUGUGCUCGGUGCGACUCAAGACCAUGAUCGCAAACAACGAGCCGCUUGAGAAUCUCGAACGUGAACUCCAGUGGAACAAAUGAGCUACGCAGCGACGCCUGCACAUAUACGUUCAAAGGGAGGUCGUCUGGCGGGGAAUACGCCACGUUCUCUCUCGAAGAAUGGCUGAAUCGCACAGUCUACGCAUAAACGCCUACCACAAGCCUUAUUCAUUAACAAAGGCUAAGCUACCUGUACAUUGAUAUACUCCAAAUGUUGCAUAUAUUAUUGUUACAUAACUUGCCUAAAGAUUUUAUAAUAUAAAUUGAUCGAGAGUACAAUUUCUUGCAAGUAAGUGUACGUCGUCUAAGUCACAAAAGAAUUAUUAUUAAUUAAGUAAUUAAACGGUGACUUAAUAUUCACUCUAUACGGGUAUUUUAUCUGUGUAAUUGAUUAAAAUAACUAAAAAAAAAUACAUAUUUUUAUAUUUGCUAACUGUUUUGUGUUAAUGUUAUGAAUAGUCAGUCAUUGUUGCAAAAUAGUUUUUAAUUUAAACAGUAUUUUUUGUUCAACCACCGAUUGUCCAUUCCAAUGUGCUGAGCAUUUGUCUAUGGUCACCUAUGGUCAAGACGUCCGUGUUAUGUUCUGUGCGAUUAGCUAAAAAAAGCUUUUUCUGUGGAAAUUAUAUACAAUAUGUUAAACGUUUACAAUUUAUUGCACUUUGUUGCAUUGGCAAUGCAUUUUUAUAAUCGCAAUAAUUAUAUUUAUUUUGACAUUA